AUGGCAGACCCUUAUCAAACAAAUUCUCAUAAGCAAACUUUGUCUCUACAUGAACGACCAUCUUCUGUAAUCGUAAACUCAAUAGAAGCUGCAGAAGACCAGAAUGUCAAGCAGGACCACCGACCCGAUACAACAGCCGCUAUCCCAAGAACAAAUGCAAAACAACUUCAAUCUGAGAAUGAGACAUCUAGGAUGAACGAAAAUCCUGUUUCACCCUCUUCUCCAAGUCAGACCCUAAUCCCAAUUCCAACCUCUACAUUAACUAUUACACAACAAAUCAUAAUCACUUUUACACUCACGUCAACAUGUAUCUUGACGUCGAGUGCAGCUCAAAUGUUGAAUAUCGCAUUACCUCUAAUCAAGACUGAAUUACAUAUGGAAGAAUCUGAUUUACAAUGGGUUUUAUCUUCUUAUAACCUUUCUAUUGGAUGUCUGCUUCUAUUUUGUGGCAGGAUAGCCGAUAUAUACGGUAAAAAGAAGGUCCUGCUUGUUGGAUUGACAGUGCUCACUGUCUUCUUUAUCAUUGGAGGAUUCAUGCAAAAUGGCUCGGGUUUGAUUGUCACUAGAGCUUUAACAGGUUGCGGUGCCGCCAUGACUAUACCCAGUUCAACUGGUAUUAUAGCCGAGUUGUUCAGUGGUAAAGCGAGAUCAAGAGUUUUCGCCUGUUUCUCAGCUGGAUUUUCCAUUGGAGGUAUUUUAGGUUUACUCAUAGGUGCUUUAUUCGUUUCUUACGUUCGUUACACAUGGCGAUCAUGCUUCUUCUUUGCUGCGGGACUUGGUUUGCUGGGAGUUGUCUUGGUGUUGUUUACUGUUCCAAAGGAUAUCCCAACUAUCGACGAUGAGAAUAAAAGUGUGGAUUGGUUAGGUGCUGCAUUGAUUACGAUUGGUUUGGUAUGCUUUUUAUUCGCUAUAAGUGAUGCUCAAGCUGCUCCUCAAGGGUGGAAAACCGGUUAUAUCAUCGCUCUUCUUAUUGUGGGAAUAAGUAUGAUAAUCAGUUUCUUCUUUUGGGAACAUUAUAUAGCGUCAGUUCUUAAGAAACCACCUUUGAUGAGAUUGGCUUUGUGGACACGAGCGAAUGGUAGAUUGGCGAUUUUAUUUAUUACUGGAUUUUUAGGCCAGACUGGGUUCAUGGCAUGCCUUUAUAAUGCCACCUUACUAUUUCAAGAAGUCCAAAAAACAGGUUCAGUAGGAGCAAUGUUAAGGUUCUUACCUCUUGAAAUAUCGGGAAUCAUAUGCACCAUUGUGGUGGUGAUUGUCAUUCAUAAAAUACCGGCUUAUUGGUUGAUCGUUACAGGUCUGCUUGCCACUGGAUUUGGAAAUAUGUGUUUUGCACUUACGGAAGAACAUACUAAUUAUUGGAGAUUACCUUUUAAUGGAAUGUGGUUGAUUGUUCUCGGAGUUGAUUUAUUUUUUCCGACCGCCUUGAUAUAUGUUGCGGCGUUGUCACUACCUGAUGAGUAUUCAGUGGCUAGUGGAUUGUUCCAAACUGUUCUCCGAAUAGGUAUAACAGUAGGAUUAUCUUCGGCUUCGAUAAUCUUCAACGCCCGACGAAACCACGCUCUUCAACAAGGCAAAAGUGAAAAUGAAGCUUAUUUGAAAGGGCUACAAAGUUCCUUUUGGUUAAGUGCAGCUGCAUGUUGGUUUGGAGCUAUUUUAGCUGCUAUAGUCCUAAGAGGAUUAGGUGUUUUUGGAAAAGAGAUAAAGGCAGAUCCAGAAUUUGAAGCAACGAAGGAAGGUGAAAAACCUGAACAAGGGGAACAGCUCGAUGGAAACAAUUUGCAGAGUGUUGGGAGAAGGGAGAAGAUUGAGAAGGUUUGA